AUGCAUGAACAGCACUGGGUGCAGUAUCUGCCACCAUCCGGGUCCGAGCACCCAUCCUCGGAGGAAAUGACUAAUCUCCUGAGUGUAGGUUGGUUUGUGGGAGACCUUUACAGACGAGCGUACGCCGCACAUGGUGAGAGGAUUUACACGAACCUAGCGGUGCCCAGGUGGGUUGGAGGGAGAAGGGCUUCCGGGACGACCCACAUCACCAUCACGCCGCCACUUUUUGCGCUCAAACCAAGACCCAUAGACGAAGCCAACAACGAGAUGCGUCGGACGUUCCCGGUGAUUUUCCACACGCCAGGUUUCGAGCCAGGUUUUACGAAAGUGAUGCUAUUGGAGUUUGGUGCUAUCGGUUCGCGAUGGUUCGUGCCGAUGGCGUGCAGCCCAGAGGCAAGACGUCAGGCCAUGCAGUACCUGGCAUCUGCGCCUUUGUUUCUGUCGACCAGUAACUCCAUCAUUCGAGAUUCCUACCACGCCAAAUGUGGCUUUCCGUUUGCGAAAACUAUCAGAAAGGCAAGAAAGCUUUGA